AUGCUUUCUCCCCUGCGCUCGCGGCUUGCGAAAGCCACUCCCCUCCUGGGCACAUGUCGCCAACUGCGAUUGGCCUCUUCAGCAAGAUACCCUCAGGCCGUCUCGCCUCUAGCCUUUGACCUCCAUUCGCCUGCAAACCCGAGCAAAGAUGAGAAGACCAACCCGAUCCUCUUUUUCCAUGGCCUAUUUGGGUCCAAGAAGAACAACAGGGCAAUCAGCAAAGCCCUGGCUCGAGACCUGAAGACUCACGUAUACACCGUGGAUUUGAGAAACCAUGGCGAAUCUCCCCACGAUCCCCGCCACGACUACGUUGCCAUGACCGAGGACGUGUUGGCCUUCAUUGACCAGCAUGGUCUCAAAGAACCUACUCUGAUAGGCCAUUCCAUGGGGGCCAAGACGGCCAUGUCGGUUGCCCUCCGCUCGCCAGAGACGGUGGCAAAGCUCGUCGCGGUUGACAACGCCCCCGUCGAUGUCGCGCUGAGCAGGACGUUUGCUUCCUACGUCCGGGGCAUGAAGAAGAUUGAAGAAGCCAAAGUCACUCACCGGUCCGAGGCCGACGCCAUCCUCAAAGACUACGAAGAGUCGCUCCCGAUCCGCCAGUUUCUGCUCGGAAACCUGUAUCGCUCCCCAGAAGACGGCAUCCAGAGGUUUCGCGUGCCCUUGGACAUCCUCGGUCGAUCACUCGACCACCUCGGAGACUUUCCCUACAAGAACCCAGGGGAGGCACGCUACACAAAGCCAGCCCUCUUUGUUCGAGGCACCCAGAGCAAAUACGUGCCGGACGACGUGCUGCCCGUCAUUGGCCAGUUUUUCCCGCGCUUUCAAUUGGCCGACAUCGAUGCCGGUCACUGGCUAAUAUCGGAGCAACCUGAAGCCUUCAGACAAGGUAAUUUAAACAAACACCAAGCAUACUUGUCUGGAUCUGCAGACGGGGAGGUCAGUCACUCACGUCGUCUCAAUACCUGUGCCGCUGUUGCAGCUGCUGGGCCCCCCCGCCCUCGCCCUCGCCCUCGCACCCGCCAUCAUCAAACCCGCCGCCACCAUCCCACCGUGGGCAUGUUGCCCCUAGUGCAGACGCACCCGCGCGUGGUGCCCGUCCCCGUCGACUUCGAAUCCUUUGGAGUACCCGCUGCCAGGCCCGGAGUCGACAGACGAGCCAUCGCGUCGCCCUACCAUCGCGGCACCUCUCACCCCUACGGCGCCCCAGGCAGCUCCGCUCCCGCCGGCCAAGGCUCGCGAGACCACGACUACCACCUACGCCGCAAGACGCCUCGGGGCACCAUCGACGCCGGCUACGAUGGCUCGCCGACGCAGCUGUCGCCCGGCCCGCCGCCGCUCAAGCAACUGAUCCUUCCGACACCUUCUGGCAUAUACCCCUACGUCCCUCCGAAUAACCUGCCCUUUCACGCCAAGUCUCGUCUCUCGAACGCCGAUCCGAUAAGCCUGGGCCAGGCUCCCGUGGCAUCGCCGUGGUCUCUCAGCUAUGGAGGUCCCAAUUUCGUUCUCUCCAGCGGCUCCUCCAUGGUCCCUCAGCCGGGUCCCUCAUGGCAGCCAUAUGGAUAUCCCAUGUUCAGCCAGGUCCCCGGCAUGUACCAGCCGCUUAUGAGGGCGGCAGAGUACAAUGUGCGAGCGUUUUGUCCACCCCCAGCCUCUGCGCCUGAGACCGCGGCGUUCAAUCAGUUUGGCUGGCAGCCCGGCGCCUCGCAGCAGAAUCUUGGCUAUUUUGAUACUUACGCCCAACUCCCAUAUAGACCAAUCCCGGACUUCAAGGCCAUUCCCGACGGUGCAUUCCCCUCACAACCGUUGGUUCAAGGGGGCUAUCUGGGUCAGAGCACAGUUGUAGAGGAUGUUUCCGCCGGCGAGCAAUAUGCUGUCCAAGCAAGUUUUACGGAAAAGGUCUACUCCAAGGCCCAGGAGCAUUACGUUGAACUGCUGGCCUACCUGCAAACUGCCAGGCGGCUUGAUCAGAUGAGCAGUGGCGGCAAUCCUAGCUCGAGAUUCAAAGUCCUGGUAUUUCCAAGACCCCCAAACCAUGUCGAGGCUAUCACGAAUUUAGCCGCUACGCUCUAUUGCCUCAACCGCCAAGAGGAAGCUGAGCAGCAUUGGUUGAGAGCCAUCAAGCUACGCCCUGACCAUCUAGAGGCCACGGAACAGCUCGUCGGUCUGCUGUACAAGAAGCGCAGCCGGGAGGCGAUUGACAUCAUUUGCUUCGUGCAACAAGCGCUGAAACUGACCGGAGGAAAUCCGACCCGGACGAGCUACCCUACCCCGAACGAUGACCAUCCUCUCAGCCAACAGCCAUCAAAAUCCGGUGCGCCCUUUGGCUAUCCUUAUGAAACCGCAUCCACGACGAGUAGCCAUAGCACCAGACGCUCCGACUUUGGGUCCAGCGGAUAUGCGCUUCCCAACAGUGAAAAUGGCAGGAUCCUGGCAUUGGUUCAUGCCAAGGGCACAAUAUUAUACGGCUUGAAGGAUGUGGAGAGGGCCUCGGAAGCAUUUGAAGAAGCUGUGCUGAUAAGUGUUGGGGAGCGCAUACGAAGCGUCCAAGACUUGGUUACCCGAAUCCAUGCUGUCCUCGCGCCGGCAGGAUCACACUCGAAUGGUGACCGGAGACCAGUCUCUCGGCGCCCCCUCUUGUUACCCCCUGAGAAGGCUCGCCAAACAGCCCAUCUUGUAUUUGCUGCGGGCGGCGGAGGCAGCGAACUGCCUGGGCUGGCAUCCGUUCCCGAAGGUGCCGCUAGGCGGGUCGCCGUGCAAACGACGAGCAACGCUCUGCUCUCCCUGGCCAAGAUCUUCCAGGACGCAAUGUCCGGCGGGAGCACUGUUCCCAGCCUGCUGAGGCAGCCCUCAGGGAUUGGUGACAUAUUGGCGUUGUACUAUCUAUCGCUAUCUCUCCAGGAGAGCCCCUCUACAGCAAACAAUAUCGGCAUCCUCCUCGCGGGCGUGCAGCAGACGGCACCAAGCAAUGUCAGUGCACCUGACAUGGUUCCUCCUCGUCCCAGUCUCCCCGGCGUCGUACCUGGCAGUGGCCUUGCUCUCGCCUUGGCGUACUAUAACUACGGUCUUCGUCUCGACCCGAGACAUGUUCACCUGCACACCAACCUCGGCAGCCUUCUAAAGGACGUCGGCCAGCUGGACCUCGCGAUCCAAAUGUACGAGCGAGCGGUGUCAUGCGACAGGACAUUUGAUAUCGCUCUGACCAAUCUGGCCAAUGCAGUCAAGGACAAGGGUCGCAUCAAGGAUGCCAUUGCCUAUUACAGGCGAGCGGUGGACUCGAAUCCCGACUUCGCCGAAGCCGUCUGCGGACUCUUGACGGCCCUCAACUCCGUCUGCGAUUGGCGUGGCAGAGGCGGAGCGCUACUUGAAUCGGGCAAAUAUGACCGAUGGCACGUUGACGAUGAGGGCACCCUGGUCGAUGUGCGGACGGCCAUGCAUGGCAGUGGCCUUACCCAGCGAGUGAUUGGGAUCAUACGUCAGCAGUUGGAUGAUGCAUCGCAAUGGGGCCGCAACAUACUGCAACAGCCGACCAUUCACGGUCUGGCACAGCAUCUCAGGGACUUCUGCCAGACUCCCGGGUUUGAUCUGGAGGAAGCAAUACGUGCUUGGGCUCGUCAACCGUGGGAAGGCUCACGCUUGGUUCGCCUUGUGGAACGGGCUACAAGGGUCAUCUCGUGGAAUUGGUAUCAUGACCGGCACGUCGCCCAAAGUGAGGCCACGCCCUCGCGUUACCUGCGACCUCAGCUGCCCUCAUCUCUCACCAUACCAUCAGCGCCAACUGUGCUUCCUUUCCAUACCUUCACGUACCCGCUGUCUGCCAAGGAUAUACGGUCCAUCUCCCAGCGCAAUGCAAUGCGAAUAUCGGCCUCGACGCUUCGGGCCCCUUGGCUGCCGCCCACGGUGUAUCCGCCACCACCUCCGCCAAGUCCCCAUCUGAACGUCGGAUACGUGUCGUCAGACUUUAACAACCACCCGCUAGCUCAUCUGAUGCAGUCCGUAUUUGGGUUCCACAAUCCUCAACGUGCCCGGGCUUUUUGCUAUGCCACCACGCCCAGUGACAAGUCUAUCCAUCGGCAGCAAAUCGAGAGAGAGGCGCCCGUGUUCCGUGAUGUUAGUUCCUGGCCAGCAGAGAAGCUGAUCGAGCAAAUCGUUCGCGACGAGAUUCACAUACUGGUCAAUCUCAAUGGCUACACUAGAGGUGCUCGCAACGAAAUAUUCGCUGCUCGCCCAGCCCCCAUCCAGAUGUCUUUCAUGGGAUUCGCCGGGACGCUUGGUGCAGAGUGGUGCGACUACAUCCUCGCCGACACGACGGCCAUCCCGCCGAGCACUCUGCGCCCUUGGAGGAACAACACCACCAUCGAAGACGUCUUUCAGGACAAGACCGAGGGGGAUGAGGGCCAGUGGAUGUACUCGGAAAACAUCAUAUUCUGUCGAGACACGUUCUUCUGCUGUGAUCACGCACAGUCGUGCGAUGCUAAUGAACGCGACAUGACGUGGGAGGACGAAGAGAAGCGUCGAUGGAAGAUGCGCAAGGAACUAUUUCCGACAAUCGCAGACGAUGUCAUCAUCUUGGCCAACUUUAAUCAACUGUACAAGGUAAAGACCAAUCUGCGACAAACGGCCGAAGCCUGGGCCGGGGCGGAGGUUGCUAGCCGGCUCGUCUUUACUGAUGUGGCGCCAAAGAACCAGCACAUUACCAGGGCUAGAGUGUGCGAUCUGUUCCUCGAUACUGCGGAGUGCAACGCGCACACCACCGCCGCCGAUGUCCUGUGGUCGAGCACUCCUCUCCUCACCUUGCCUCGGUAUUCGUACAAGAUGUGCUCUCGGAUGGCGGCGUCCAUCCUGCGAGGCGCGCUGCCCAAGUCGGCGGAGGGUCAGCAGGCAGCACGGGAACUGAUUGCGGAUGGCGAGACGGAAUACGAGGAUCAAGCUACAGAGCUAGCCGGGGGGCUAAGUUACGUGAUGACGAAUGAGGGAUACGGCCGGGGCACGGGACGGCUGGCGGAGAUACGGAAGCUGCUGUGGGACAGCAGAUGGGAGUGCGGACUGUUCAAUACACGGCGGUGGGUAAACGACCUAGAAAGGGCUUACGAGGAGGCAUGGCGGCGGUGGGUUGCGGGCAAGGGCGGUGACAUAUAUCUGUGA